UCCUCCUCCUCUUCNCCUCCUCCUCUUCCUCCUCCUCCUCCUCCUCCUCCUCCUCCUCUUCUUCUCAGGCUGUGGUUUUUCUGUAUAUGUUUCUGGAGUCCUGAGCCUGAGCUAAACAAAAGCAGGAGGCUGACGGGGCUGCUGGAGUUUGCAGAGACACGGAGGAGGAGAGAGCCUGUGCUUUGCCUGCCGCCGCGGCUGGGGGAGAUCUGGCUUUUGCAACAGCCCACCCCCUUUGAGAUCACUCUGGCCCGGAGUGGGGGUGGGGGGCAGCGGGGGGUGGGGGGGAAAGUUUGCAUUGCAAUCCCCCUGCCUUCCUCCCGAUCAAUGCAUAUUUGCAAAAGGAUUAAGCCACAGAUUUAAGCGCCGGGAGCCCAUUUCUGCCUUGCAAAGGAGACCGGACUGAAAAACCAAAAGCCAGCUCUGAUUUCUUUUCGCCAAGUGGGAAGGUGGUUUAUUUUUCUUGCUUUUUGGAGUCAACACCCUUCCCCACCAGCCCUUAUCCCCACCCUCACCCCGCAACCCCUUCACGCCCCCUCCCCCUCCCCCCUCCCCAUCCUCCCACCAUCCUCUAGAGGCAAAGGGAUUUUUUUUUUCUUUUGGUCUUCUUUUUUCCCCCUUCCCUGUUUAUCCUGAAAAGGAUUUGAAGACAAGCUUGAAGGAUAAAAAGCCUUGGUGCUUCCCAGGAGCCGAGCCGAGGAGCAGAAGAGGAAGAGCCGGGGGCUGCCGUAGCCUUUGGAGAUGGACGAGCAGCCCAGGCUGAUGCAUUCCCAUGCUGGGGUCGGGAUGGCCGGACACCCCGGCCUGUCCCAGCACUUGCAGGAUGGGGCCGGAGGGACCGAGGGGGAGGGCGGGAGGAAGCAGGACAUUGGAGACAUUUUACAGCAAAUUAUGACCAUCACAGACCAGAGUUUGGAUGAGGCGCAGGCCAGAAAACAUGCUUUAAACUGCCACAGAAUGAAGCCUGCCUUGUUUAAUGUGUUGUGUGAAAUCAAAGAAAAAACAGUUUUGAGUAUCCGAGGAGCCCAGGAGGAGGAGCCCACGGACCCCCAGCUGAUGCGGCUGGACAACAUGCUGCUCGCGGAAGGCGUGGCGGGGCCUGAGAAGGGCGGAGGGUCCGCGGCGGCGGCGGCGGCGGCGGCGGCCUCCGGAGGGGCCGGUUCCGACAACUCAGUGGAGCACUCAGAUUACAGAGCCAAGCUCUCACAGAUCAGACAAAUCUACCAUACGGAGCUGGAGAAAUACGAGCAGGCCUGCAACGAGUUCACCACCCAUGUGAUGAAUCUCCUUCGAGAGCAAAGCCGGACCAGGCCCAUCUCCCCAAAGGAGAUUGAGCGGAUGGUCAGCAUCAUCCACCGCAAGUUCAGCUCCAUCCAGAUGCAGCUGAAGCAGAGCACGUGCGAGGCUGUGAUGAUCCUGCGUUCCCGAUUUCUGGAUGCGCGGCGGAAGAGACGGAAUUUCAACAAGCAAGCCACAGAAAUCCUGAAUGAAUAUUUCUAUUCCCAUCUCAGCAACCCUUAUCCCAGUGAGGAAGCCAAAGAGGAGUUAGCCAAGAAGUGCGGCAUCACAGUCUCACAGGUAUCAAACUGGUUUGGAAAUAAGCGAAUCCGGUACAAGAAGAACAUAGGUAAAUUUCAAGAGGAAGCCAAUAUUUAUGCUGCCAAAACAGCUGUCACUGCUACCAAUGUGUCAGCCCAUGGAAGCCAAGCUAACUCGCCCUCAACUCCCAACUCAGCUGGUGGAUACCCUUCGCCAUGUUAUCAGCCAGACAGGAGGAUACAGUGAUGGACUCGCAGCCAGUCAGAUGUACAGUCCGCAGGGCAUCAGUGCUAAUGGAGGUUGGCAGGAUGCUACUACCCCUUCAUCAGUGACCUCCCCUACAGAAGGCCCUGGCAGUGUUCACUCUGAUACCUCCAACUGAUCUCCCAGCAAUCGCAUCCCGGCUGACCCUGUGCCCCGGUUGGGGCAGGGGCAGGAGGGAGGGUUUCUCUCCCAACGCUGAAGCGGUCAGACUGGAGGUCGAAGCAAUCAGCAAACACAAUAAGAGUCUCCUUCUCUUCUCUUCUUUGGGAUGCUAUUUCAGCCAAUCUGGACACUUCUUUAUACUCUCUUCCCUUUUUUUUCUGGGUAGAAGCCACCCUUCCCUGCCUCCAGCUGUCAGCCUGGUUUUCGUUAUCUUCCCUGCCCCUGUGCCUCUGUCCUAGAUUCCCGGGGUCCCUGUCCUCUCUCAUAUCACGGAAGGAUAUUUUCAACAAUUAGAGGAAUUUAAAGAGGAAAAUAACGACAAAGAAAAUAAUAAAAGUGUUUGUACGUUUUCAUGCUGGUGGUUUGAGGAGCCAAAUUUACCUCACUCGGAUCCCUAACUCCUAUGUUAACAGCCAAUCUUCCUCUCACUACCUCUUAGCAGGAAUACGCCACAUUGCCCUACUCAUUCCAGGCCUCCCUGCCUCCUCUUGCUCUUCCUCCCUGGGGACAGUACUGAUUGGAACACUUUCCUCCUCUUCUUCCCAGCCCCAGCUAUUCACUGGGGACUGUCAUAGCUGGGAUUCCUAAGGUGCCACAUUUUUCAGUUUCAUCUCCACUAGGUUGGUUCCCAGGCAGGAAGUCAGGCAGUAGGGAAGGACACGGGAACAGCAGGUGCAGAAUUCCUACAGGCUUUCUAAUCCUGUGAGCAACGGCUCUCAGUUUCAGAGGCACAGUCUUUGGAGACCAUUCAACACUCAGCAAGCAAUGUUUAGAACCUAUUGCAAAACUGGGCCUGGGUUAGGCAUAGUGAUGAAUGCAUCAGUAAGGAAUAGAAAGCUCUUAUCAUGAAACCCUUCAACCUCAGCCAUGCCUUCAUACUUACACACAUACAUGUACAUGUUGGCACAUGCACCAGUUCACACCUUCACUUUCCCAAGGUGCCAUGUACAAUUACCUGCGUUAAUAACCAUAGCACUAUACUUUAUGAGCCCGAGAGAGGGAAUUAGUGACGCUGAGUGAAGGUCACUGACACAGAGAAGCAGUAUGUGUCUGGGGCUCCCAGGACCUGCAGGGCCGCUAGCAUACACUUACCGGAAUGGCAUACGCAGGACCUGAUCUUGAGGAAGGCCAGGUUUCCAGUGUGAACUAACUCCUGUUCUCACCACCUCUGGAGUGCUCAGGGAGCCACACACAGUACUUACAAUGUCUUUCAUGGAUUUGGUUCUGUUUCAUUUUUUGUUUUGUAUUAGGCACACUGUAUUACUUUUCCAAAAUGUUACACCACACCAUGUUCUUGAUGCCGACCUAUUGCUCUGGAGGAAAGAGUUGUUUCAGAACGUGGCUCAUGUGAACUUUUGCUAGCUGCAUUUGAGGACCUGAGAAUCAUGGGUAAAGGGGAGGUAAUGUUUUCAUUGAAAUCAUCACAGUGAUUUUUAUUCCCUGGGAACACAGUGUGUACUAAAAAUAUAUGAGAAAGUAGCUUGUACUUGAAAGCUAUUCUCAGAUGUCACCUGAGCUCACCAUCUUCAUAGCCAACCCAACCAGCAAUAAAGAUGGCAGCUCUAUCACUUGAUUAAGUGGGAGGUGGUCAAAUCUUUUGGUGCCUCAUUUUCUUCAUCUGUGAGAUGGGAACUGCUAUGCCUGAGUUAUAAGAGGCUUGUGAGAGACUGGAGAAGUUGGUUUUACUCGUAUCCAACCUGUAAAUGUGAAGUCAGGGGAAGUAAUGUCCCUGAAAUAAACGGGUUCAUGCUGUCUAGGGGCAGUAAAUGGUUUUCUUGUUCUAACUCCUGAUUAAUAUCAGAACCUUGAUGUCAUCACCAUGAUGACAAAGAGAAGAGUUGUUGAUUUUCUUGGUUUUGGUCUGUCUGAUUCCUUGGGAGAAAGAAAAGCUUCCAAACUAGAAAAAUAGGCCCUGGUUCUCUUAGUUUGCACUUGAACCCAAUAUGUUGCCUUGUACAUCCUUGGUCCCUGUCACAUUGACUGUGCUUGGGAGGCUUCCAGGGAGUAGAAGACCCUGAGGGGUGAGAAUGUCCAGCUAACAAGGACAUGGAAAUUCUCCAUGGCACUACAGUCAUAAGUAGAAAACACUCUGUGUGCUCAGAGGAGCAGGGAUGCCACCGAAGAAACUGGAGGGUACGUGUGUUUGAAGGAAAUGCAAAAGCUAAAUAUUUAGCAAAAUGAGAUUAUGCCUUGAUGACUAAAAGACACUAGAAAGGUUGUGUCUGCUAACUUCUGCCCUAAUCAGAACAGAUGCCUAGAAGGAGCAUCUUGGUGACAACUUCAUACUAAUUAGAACCAGUGGAGAACUCCGUCUUAGUGGCAGGAGUAUAAUGAAACUGCCCACACCAGAACAUGGUUGAAUCACCUUUGCUUGACUUAGCGCAAAGUGCAAAAGAGACACAAAAGUGUGCUCUUGGAAACAGGAAGGGUGACUCCAGAUGUGGCUUGAAUGAUUGCCAUGUGAAGUCAAUGCAAAAGGUCAGAGCAGUGCUACAUUUGCACAGGCAGUUUCUCUCCGGGCAGCAGUUUGCACUGAUGAUCAGCUUUCAUGGCAUUUUCCCCACCCAGCACUUCACUUAGCCCUCUCUAUAUUCAGCACCUCUCCCUGGCACCCCCUGCAAGCCCACUGUCACUUCCUGUUUCCAAGGUGGCAGCCGUGGGAUCUGUCCACAUUAAGCGAAGUAGGAGAACACAGAGCAGCGGGAUGGGUUUGGAAAAAGUGUGCCUCUGCAAACACAGCUUCCUGAGAAUUCACAUUAGGUCAGUCCUACGGAUACCAAGAGGCACCCCAGGUUUCCUUCAUUUUCUAAUGGAACUGGGAGUGCUCCAUUCCCCCACCCCGACCCCCCAAGCAAAUUUCCCCUGAUAAAUGAUACUAGACCCUGGGUUUGCCCACCUUGUAACUCUUCAUUAUCUCCUCCUUUUCAUCCCUAACUGCUCCUCCCGCCGGCGUGGAAUUGAUACCCAUGCAGUACAUUUGCCAAGUGGCACCUUCUUUCAAUUUAUGUUUUCUUUUGCCGUGGUGGUGGUUCUUUAUUUGCUGGUUGCCUUUUCUCACACAUCUUUUUCUCUCUCUUUCCUUCUGCUUUUUGUUUUUCUGCCCAGAAAAACCUGACUUCGAUACCAAAAAAGAUGAAACUACAGAAACUCAAAUUUAAAAAAAACUUUAAAAAAAAAACAAAAAAUACUCAACAAUUCUUUCAGCUUUAUUAACAUUUUCCAUUGUUUCUUGCGACUUGUGUCUCGUUCUUUGUAGUAUUGAUGAUGAACAUUUGAUAAUGAAUGUUCUUGUAUAUUCAGAUAAAGGAAAAAAAACCAAAAAAGCGGUCUGAAUUUAAUAGUGUUUAUAAUAAAAAUUUUAAAAAUGACCCUCAUAGCACGCAAAACAGGAUGGGGAAUUCCCCCUCUUCCUUCUGUGACAAUGCGUAUCAUUCCUGCAUUAGUUUUUAACACCAAACUACCUACAUUCAUCAUUUCCCUCAUUUUUCUUUUAUUUUCUUGCAUUUGUGAAUUAGUUCAAGAAUGCUAGAAAAGUGUCGAGUUGUGCACAUUUAUUUCUUGUUUCACAAUGUUUAAAAGUGACAGUAAUUCAUUUUGUAAACUAAAAAAAAGGUUGGAAUAGUGAUCAUAAUAGGUACAACCUAACACAUUAUUAUGUUUAUUAACUUUGAGACCCAGAAAUAAAUUCUUUUCUUUUCUUUAUUCUUGCUCUUAAAAAUACAAAAAGAAAAAAAAAAGUUUCAUUUUGUGUUAUUUUUUGGUUUGUUUAUGGGGGGGGCUUUUUUUAAUUGUCAGGAUUAUGAUCUUGCUGUUUUUCUUCGAUAUGUAUACAAGGUGAUGUGAAAAGAUGACAUUAGCAUAGUAGUAAGAACAAGUAGGCUUGUUCUUCUACUUUGUUUCAGGAUUUAGUUAAUGCCAAAAGAGAAGAUCAAGUUCAUGUUGAUAUCUCAUGGCUCACCUGCAUUUCCAGAGUGUGGCACUCAUGCAGACCCAGAGAAAGAUAAAAUCAGGGACAUGCUUCUCCUUUUAGCCCUUUAAAAAUUUAAGAAAUUAGCCCAAGGGAACGUUUUAUGCUAUCAGGAAAAGUUUUGGCCAUUUUUGAUUCUGAUUGUCACAACCAAGUACUUUGUUUUCUUUCUCCCUAAUUCCAUGAGUCCUCUUCCAAGUAGAGAGACUUUUUCUUCCAGAGGAAUCCCACAGGAGAUGCUGGUAUGAUGGGCACCAUUGGCUAAGUAAACUAGAUGCAGGAAGCGGUCCUUGGGGCCAGUCUGCCAGCAGAGUCCUGGUUCUGGACAAAGAGUUGGUGAGAUGUUGGGCCAGGCUCAGUGCUGUAAUUUUAAUGCUAAGAGGUUGAGUUUACUUCACAGACAGUACACCUCUUAGUAAUCUCUGACUUAGGCAGCUGCUUGAAGCAAAUCGCAAAACCGGCUUGAUUUGGAAGGCUUUUAUUAGAGGAAAAAAGAAAGCCAUAUUAUCUGAAAAAGCUUAAUUUUAAAUAUCCCUUAUUCAACAAAUUAUGUUCAGAAAGUGGUCAGAACUUAGGCAAGAAAAGUGAAGAAAGAAUGCAGAAUUGAGGGGUAACACCUUAGGAAGUGUUUCUACCCGGAAACUUGCACUCUCGAAGUCGUAAGGAUAUAAUGGCGAGCUUUUCACAUCACCUUUAUGGUUUCAAUCCCUAGCUCAAAGCUUUCUGGAAUCUUUUAUUUUUUGUAACCUUUUUUUUUCUUUUGUUAAAAUAAAUAAAACAUUCAAUGUUUUUCUCCUUUUCUCUCUUAUUCUUUUCUUAAGCAUUUUCAUUUUGAAAUGCUUUCCUUUGGUUGUUGGUUUUAUUCUCCCCCUACCCCUCCCUUUUCUUAUUAUUCAGAGUAUAAACCUGCAAAGCUCUGCUCUGUUUUGGUUUUGAACGUUUAAGCUUUUAUGCUUCUGUGAGAGCACAGGCUUCUGUCCCUUUUGAUUCCAACUGAACUUUUGUGUUCUCUAAUGAUACUAACACGGUGUAGGUUUUACAGUCUCCUAAUUUGUACUGGUAAUGCAUAUUCCAAAUAAAUAGUUUCUUUUGUUGCAAAAAAAA